AUGUCUAAGCAUAACACGUAUGGGUCCAUUUGCGAAAUUAUGGCAGCUGCAGAAUUAUUUCCUUAUCAAUUUCAAGUGUAUCAAGGUGGCUGCCUCAUGGCUUCCGUUGGAGAAGCGACACAGGGUAUAAAAAGACUACGAUUUACGGGAAAUUUUAAUAACGGUCAUUUCGAUGCUUUGAUUGAUUUUGUCGAGUCAAUGCAUGGUGGUAAUGUUCAUGUAAGUAGUGAUAAUAAUGUGCAAAAAAUUAAAGAAAAUGUUUCAUUCUUAGUGUCUCAGACUAACGAAAAUGUGUCAGUGGCAGUUUCACAGCCUCAAUCAGUUUCUAACAUUAAUUUAUCAAAUUUGAAUUUAAAUAGUGAUGAUAAUGUGCAACAAAAUGAUAAAAAUGUAUCAUUUUCAGUGUCUCAGCCUCAAGAAAAUGUGUCAGUGGAAGUUUUACAGCCUCAAUCAAUAUCUAAAAUUAAUUUAUCAGGUUCAAGUGAAUCUAUUAGUGAUAAUGUAAUACCUCUUCAACCAAAUAGAGGAAAAAAAAGGAGGAAACGAUUUACAAAUGCAAUUAGGAAUAAACAAUUGAGACAAGCUGCUUCAAAAUAUACUAAAUUUCAUCCUGAAGUAAAUAGAGUAGCUGCUGCGAAAUAUACUAAAAGUCAUCCUGAAGUAAAUAGAGAAGCUGUAAAAAGGUGCGUUUCUCAAAACCAACAUGUUAAUCAGGCAGCUGUAGUUAAAUACAACCAAAAAAGGUUACAAAUUAAACUAGCACCUUGGCAAUCUAAGACUUUGUCUGGCUUUCACUAUAAAACGAACAUCGAUUAUGGAAAUGAUAAAAUUGUAAACAUCGGAAAACGAUUACCGUGUAUUUAUUGUCGUGCUUUAAAAUGGAUGGAUGAACCUCCAGGGAUGUGCUGCAGUGGUGGUCAAGUCCAGCUUCCUACAAUUGAGCCCUACCCUGAACCUUUGUACAGUCUCCUUAUCCAUCAAGACCCGCUUUCAGAACAUUUCCUUUCCACGAUUCGAAAGUAUAACGGAUGUUUUCAGAUGACGUCAUUUGGAGCAAAAGAAGUGAAGGAGGGAAAUUUUAUGCCAACAUUUAAAAUUCAGGGGCAAGUGUACCACAGAAUAGGUAGCCUUAUGGCUGAACCUCAUCAGCAUCCUUCUUUUCUUCAGUUGUACUUUCUUGGGGAUGAUAAACGUGAGAGUGAAAUCCGUUGUGGAAUUACUCCUGGUGUUAAACCCGAAUUAGUUAGCCAACUACAGAAGUCGCUUCAUAAAAAUAAUAAAUAUAUUUUGGAUUUCAAGGCCGCUAUCGAUUCAGUUCCUAAAGACCAAAAAGAGUUCAAGGUUGUAAUUAAUGCCGAUAGAAAACCGCAAGGUCAGCACAAGGGUCGUUUCAAUGUUCCUCAAAUUAAUGAAGUAGCAGUUGUUAUUGUCGGUCAGGCUUUCGAAAAAAGAGAUAUAAUUCUUUACAGUAUAGACAAUAAAUUAAUACGGAUUAGUGAAACGCAUCGUGCAUACGAUGCUCUCCAGUACCCUUUGAUGUUUUUCCGUGGAGAGGAUGGUUAUUACAUAAACAUACCUAAACGUGACGCAAAGACUAGGUCCCCUCUCAAGAAGACUGUCUCUGCUUCUGAGUUCUACAGUUAUAGGUUAAUGGAGCGUGUUAGUGAAAUAUGUCAUUUAGUACUCUUUCGUAAUCUCUUUAAUCAGUUUUUAGUUGACAUGUAUGCUAAGAUUGAAACUGAAAGACUCAAUUGGAUUCGUAAUAAUCAAACAAAACUUAGGAGUGAGGAAUAUAUCCACCUAAAAGACGCUAUGGUAAAAAGAGAUGGACAGUUUUUAGAACUUGGUAGAAUGGUUGUAUUGCCGUCUUCGUUCACUGGUGGACCCCGCUACAUGCAUGAACGAACUCAAGACGCUAUGACGUACGUACGGCAUUUCGGACGUCCAGAUUUAUUCAUUACAUUCACUUGCAAUCCUAAAUGGUCAGAAAUUGAAGAUCUUUUGAGACAAGGACAAAAAUCUUAUGAUCGACACGAUAUCAUUGCGAGGGUAUUUUGUUUGAAAGUUAAGCACAUGAUGAAUCUUCUGACAAAAGGUUGUAUCUUUGGCAAUGUAAGGUGUAACAUGUAUACUGUGGAAUGGCAGAAGCGUGGACUUCCACAUGUUCAUAUUCUUCUUUGGUUGGAAGAAAAAAUAAGACCUGACUCUAUUGACGAAGUUAUAAGAGCUGAAUUACCUGACCCCGAUCAGGAUCAAACACUUCAUGAAAUUAUUAAAUCAACAAUGAUUCAUGGCCCGUGUGGAGUUUUCAACUUCAGUUCACCUUGCAUGCUGGCUGGUGUUUGCACUAAACGAUACCCAAGGCCUUUCUUAAAAGAAACUCAAACAGGUGAAGAUGGAUAUCCUAAGUAUCGAAGGCGAUCUCCGGAAGACGGUGGAAUAGCAAUAAAAAUUAAUGGAAAUGAUAUUGAUAAUCGAUGGGUGGUACCAUUUAAUCCUGUUUUGUCACGUACUUUCAAAGCUCAUGUCAAUGUUGAGUAUUGCAAUUCAGUUAAAUCUAUCAGAUACAUCUGCAAGUACGUAAAUAAGGGUUCUGAUCAGGCAGCGUUUACCGUUGAAAAUUUAGAUGAGGUUUCUAGGUAUGAAGCAGGACGAUACAUAAGCAGUUCUGAAGCAGUCUGGCGUAUUUUCGGUUUUCACAUUCAUGAGAGAUAUCCUCCUGUUGUUCAUCUUGCUGUUCAUCUAGAAAAUGGUCAAAGAGUUUAUUUCACAGAAGAGAACAUUGUUUAUAAAAUCGCGAAUCCAAAGAAAACAACGCUUAUAGGUUUUUUCGAUCUCUGUAAAGUAGAUGGUUUUGCGCGAACUCUUUUGUAUAGUGAAGUUCCAGGUUAUUACGUUUGGAGAAACAAUGAAUUUAUUAGGAGGAAAAAAGGAAAAGUCGUGACAGGUUUUCCAGAAAUUAAAAAAGAUCAUGUGUUGGGUAGAGUGUAUACUGUCCAUCCCGGUAAUGCUGAAUGCUACUAUUUACGCCUUCUCCUACAUGAGAUUCGUGGUCCUACUUCAUUCAAUGAUUUAAAAACUGUAGAAGGGGUAGAGCAUCCGACUUUUCAAGCAACUUGCAGAGCACUUGGAUUAUUGGAAGACGAUAUUAACUGGGAUCGUACUUUAGAGGAAGCUUCUAUUUUUUAUUCUCCUUAUAAAAUUAGAGAGUUAUUCGCGAUUAUGUUGGUUUUUUGUCAAGUGGGAGAUCCGAUAAAAUUAUGGACAAAGUACCGGGAAAGUUUGGCAGAAGAUAUCAAAAGACAAAUGGAAAGAGAGAGUAGAGAUGUUGAACUGAUCGUUGAUAUCGUUUACAACCAGUAUCUUAUCCUUCUUGAAGAUAUUGUUACAUCAAUGUCAGGUAAGUCAUUGUUAGAAUUUGGACUUCCAGAACCAUUAAGAGAGCAAAGCAACGUUAUUAACAACCGUCAGUACAUGAAUGAAUUGGCUUAUGAUGUUUCUCAGUUGAUCGAAGUAGUUUCUGUAGGGGUUUCGAAAUUAAAUGACGAUCAGAAACAAGUUUAUGAUGAAGUCUUGAACAGUAUUGAUUCUAAUUCAGGGAAGUUGUUUUUUCUUGAUGCUCCUGGUGGAACUGGGAAAACUUUCUUGAUCAAUCUUCUGCUUGCUAAAAUUAGGAGUAGAAAAAAUAUUGCUGUUGCUGUUGCUUCGUCAGGGAUUGCAGCUACGUUAAUUGAUGGAGGCAAGACGGCGCACUCAGCUUUUAAACUACCUCUCAACUUGAAUCAUUCCGAUAAUCCCAUUUGUAAUAUCUCAAAGCAAAGUGACAUGGCGCAUGUACUCAGAGAAACAAAAAUUAUAGUGUGGGAUGAGUGUACUAUGGCCCACAAGAAAGGUGUUGAGGCUCUUAAUCAGACACUUCAAGACAUUAGAGAGAAUAAUCGACUUAUGGGUGGGUUGACUAUUCUUUUAGCUGGUGACUUCAGACAAACUUUACCUGUUGUACCACGAGGGACACGUAACGGAAAUCUCCCAGAAGAAGAAGGAAAAAUAACCAUUCCAAGUAACCUUUGUGAAACUGUGGGAGAGUUGAUUACUUUGAUUAAUAGAAUAUACCCGAAUAUUCAACGUGGUGCAUUAGAUAGUUUAUCAUGGUUAAAAGAAAGAGCUAUUCUGACUCCAACAAAUGAAUCAGCUGAUAGGAUUAAUACCUUACUGCUAGAACAACAAACAACUGAACAUAUGAAGUAUGAGUCUGUGGAUACAGUCAUAGAAGUAGAGGAAACUGUUCAUUAUCCUGUUGAGUUUCUGCAUACACUUAACCCGCCAGGCAUACCACCUCAUAUUCUUCAUCUAAAGAUUGGUACACCGAUAAUGUUGUUGCGUAACUUGAAUCCUCCCAAAUUGUGUAAUGGCACCAGACUACAGGUAAAAACUCUGCGGAAAAAUUUAAUUGAAGCGACCAUUUUUACAGGAAAGUAUGAGGGUGAAAAUGUAUUCAUUCCAAGAAUACCUUUGAUUCCAUCAGAUUAUCAUUUUGAAUUUAAGCGUUUGCAGUUUCCAGUUAGAGUUUGCUUCCCGAUGACUAUUAAUAAAGCUCAAAGGCAGAGUUUAAAAUUAGCUGGUGUAGAUUUGCAAAGUGAAUGUUUUUCCCAUGGUCAAUUUUAUGUAACAUGUUCAAGAGUAAGUUCCUAUGAAGAUCUCAUCAUUCUUCAACCAGAGAAGCAAACGAAAAAUGUUGUAAAUAAAGAAGUUUUAAACAUGUAA